GAUGCCCGCGGCCCCCGGCGGCUGCGGCCCGCGGAGGCGGCGCUGACCCGGCGGAGCGGAGCGGCCCCCGGCCAUGGGCAGCGUCGGGCCCCGCCCGCACCGAAGCCACCGGCAGAUGUGCUGAUGUCUGCUCCUUGCAAAGACCUGACCCACCUGAGGCUGGCAGAUGCACAGAUGUGACCGUGAAUCACCAGUAAAAGGGCCAUGUCCCCACAGCCAGACACCCCAGUCCUCACAACGUUCAGGAGUCAUACCACUGCGUGCAGGAGCAUUGGUGAGUAGAUCUGCACCUCCCAGCCCUCCGCAGUCCCUCUUCCUCCACAUAUCUCUUCUUGUUUUCGGUAGAAUGAGUGAGAGAGAUAUACAGAGCCUGAGCAAAUGGGUUUUCGUGCUCAGUCUCUGCCUUACCACGCUGUGGGGACGACUGACGCUGGCCUCCACGCAUCAUCACAGAAGCCAUUCAGUGCACGUAGAGCCAGGCACAUGCGAAGUCAUCGCAGCUCACCGGUGCUGCAAUAAGAACAAGAUCGAGGAGCGCUCCCAGACGGUGAAAUGCUCCUGUUUCCCAGGGCAGGUGGCAGGGACAACACGGGCAGCUCCCUCCUGCGUGGACGCCUCCAUCGUGCUGCAGAAGUGGUGGUGCCAGAUGGAGCCGUGUCUCGAUGGGGAGGAAUGCAAAGUGCUGCCUGACCUCUCGGGAUGGAGCUGCAGCAGUGGCAACAAAGUGAAAACGACCAAGGUCACUCGAUAGCCUCCGUGCAGCGUGGCACUGGCUGAGCAGCCUUGCCAUGGGUCCUGGUGCUCCUGUGAGCAGCAGGAUGUGGCCCAGUGCCUGCAGAGGUGGGUUGCUCCAGGGCCACCAUGCUGCACCUGUCAGCAGGACUGUGACAGCUGCUGGAUCAGAGCAUCCGCUGCGCCCCAGCUUCCCUGGAGGCUGCAGGCAGGGAUCCCAGUGCAGCUGCCAGAAUCCCGUCACUCCACGGUUUCCUCCUUUUCUGUGGACACAUUCACCAACCAAGAAAUGGGCUCAUUUUCUAAUCCUCUUAAAUAAAAUAUUCCCACUAUGUAAGAGUUGACAAUGCAGAGACCAACAGGCAGCAGGCCCCCACAAUGGGCUUUAAUCUGAAUAGCUGAAAUCCUUGCUGUGAGUUGCCUUUCCCUAUCUCCCAAGAUGCUGAAUCCAAGUUGCAGUCAGGAAUCGGGAAGUCAGUGGUUAUGUGAAACCCUUCCCCAUGUGGCUCCUGGCCCUGGGGUUCUUAGGAGCAGCUGCUGAGCUCCAGCCUGAUCCUGAGUCACUGGGGGCUGCUCUGCCCUCGGAGACUGGGCUUUCCCUGCCCCACCGCCUUCCUGCUAUGACCACAUGCAGCAGAUGUGGCAGCAUAGUCAGAGGGUUGUAUGACACCCUGUUGGCUCCCAGGGAUGGUGAGAUGUCCCCAUGGUGCAUGCUGCUGGUUUCUCCUUCCUCAGUAAUUGCAUUAAUCAGGUUGCAAUUUUAAUGUUUUCCACCAUGCAAAUCCCAGGCACUGAGUUUCUGCUUGUGUUUGCAAUUGAAUUUCAGACUUCUGUGAGGCGAUCUCUCUGUCUGCAGCUCUGGGGUGUCUGGGGCAUCAGACAGAGCCUCAGACCAAGCUAGAUUUUGUUGUCGUAAUCCAAAAUAAAGAAAAAUGUACCACC